CGCAUGCUCAGUCCAUCCUCCUCGGUACUUUGGGGUAAUGGCUGCUAGGUGAGAUGAGCGGAUCGGCCGCAUCCUUUGAGUGCGAGGCGCUUCGAGAGGACCGUUAACUCGGGUGGUGCCGAGUUAAAAUGGUCGAUAUCCGACCUGAGAAGCAUCCUGAAACCAUUCCACAUAUUGCGAGCCUCGUUCUUCAAUCUACACCCACUGUUUACACCCCGUCUUAGUGGUCAGUUCUGCCUGCCGAUCAGACGCUAAGCUGAGGCCAUGGCAGUGAAGGACCGUUUAGAGGCGGUGCUCAAUGUGGGUCUGCGUGUUCCCAGCAUCAUGCUGCUCGAUGUCCUGUACCGCUGGGACGUCAGCUCCUUCUUCCAGAAGAUCCAGCGCUCCAGCCUCUCCAACAACCCCCUGUUCCAGUACAAAUACCUGGCUCUCUACCUGCACUACGUAGGUUACAUCCUGAGCUUGGUCCUCCUGACUCUGCCUCGUCAACACCUGGUCAAACUCUACCUGUACGUCCUCACAGCUCUGUUGCUGUUUGCCGGUCACCAAGUUUCAAGGGAUUACGUCCGCAGUGAACUGGAGUCUGGACAUGAAGGACCCAUCUACCUGGAACCUCUCUCAAUGAACAGAUUCACCACCGCACUCAUAGGUCAGCUGGUGGUGUGUACACUGUGUUCCUGUGUGAUGCAGACCAAGAGGAUUUGGCUUUUCUCUGCUCACCUCCUCCCUCUGGUGGCCAGACUGUGUCUCGUCCCACUGGAGACCAUCGUCUUCAUCAAUAAGUUCUCCAUGAUCUUCACGGGCCUGGAGGUCAUUUACUUCCUGGCUUCUAACUUGUUGGUACCGUACAACCUGGCCAAGACCGCGUACAGGGAGUUGGCCCAGGUGGUGGAAGUGUAUGGCCUGCUGGCUCUGGGGAUGUCUCUGUGGAACCAGCUGGUCCUCCCAGUUCUCUUCAUGUGUUUUUGGUUGCUGCUGUUUGCUCUGCAGAUCUACUCUUACUUCAGCACCAGGGACCAGCCUACCUCACGGGAGAGGCUCCUGUUCCUCUUUCUGACCAGUAUUGCAGAAUGCUGCAGCACACCAUACUCCCUCCUCGGUCUGGUUUUCACUGUUUCCUUCAUCGCACUGGGAGUUCUCACUCUCUGCAAGUUCUACCUGCAAGGUUACCGGGCCUUUAUGAACGACAACACCAUGCACAGAGGGAUGACGGAAGGCAUCACUCUGCUGAUCCUCGCUGUUCAGACCGGCCUCAUCGAGCUCCAGGUCAUCCAUCGAGCCUUCCUCCUCUCCAUCAUCCUCUUCAUUGUUGUGGCUUCCAUCCUGCAGUCCAUGCUGGAGAUAGCUGACCCCAUAGUCCUGGCCCUGGGAGCGUCCAGAGACAAGAGUUUGUGGAAGCACUUCAGAGCCGUGUCUCUGUGUCUGUUCCUGCUCAUCUUUCCAGCCUACAUGGCCUACAUGAUCUGUCAGUUUUUCCACAUGGACUUCUGGCUUCUCAUUAUCAUCUCCUCAUCAAUCCUCACCUCACUGCAGGUCCUUGGUACUCUGCUGAUCUACGUUCUCUUCAUGGUGGAGGAGUUCCGUAAGGCUCCAGUAGAAAACAUGGAUGAAGUUAUUUACUGUGUGAACGGGACGUACAGAUUGCUGGAGUUCCUGGUUGCAGUGUGUGUGGUGUGCUACGGAGUGUCAGAGACGGUCUUCGGGGAGUGGAGCGUGAUGGGCAGCACCAUCAUCCUGGUCCAUUCGUACUAUAAUGUGUGGCUCAGAGCCCAGCUGGGCUGGCAGAGCUUCCUGCUCAGGAGAGAUGCUGUAAACAAGAUCAAGAGCCUCCCCACGGCGAGCAACACACAGCUGGAGCAGUACAACGACAUCUGUGCGAUCUGCUACCAGGACAUGAACAGUGCUGUGAUCACUCCCUGCAGUCAUUUCUUCCACGCUGGCUGUCUGAAGAAAUGGCUCUACGUCCAGGAGACAUGCCCGCUCUGUCACUCUCAACUCAAGAGCCAGUCACCAACGCCCACUGUCCCCAAUCAGGAGACUCCUGCAGCCAAUCAGAACCCUGCAGGGCAGGAAGAACCUAAUAAUAAGCAGGACGAUGGCGCUUGUUCAGAGGAGGGGAAGGAGGAGGGAGAUAAUGGACCUGCUACGUCAAAUGGAGAAACCCCCUCCUCCUCCUCCUCAUCCUCCUCCUCCUCCUCCUCCUCCUCUGGUGUCACCACUGCUACCCAGCAACCGGUCGACACUCCAGCAACAUCAUCAUCCUCUUCGUCUUCUCCUCCUCCCCCCAUCGUUACUGACUCUGAGUUGCCUCCCGAGGAUCCGUCUCCGUCUUCCUCCCUUUCUCCGGACACAUUGGACACGCACCCGUCUGUCUGUCACCCCUCGUCCUCACAUGCUGAACCUAAGCCCGCCCCUCAAACGGACGACAAGGAGUCCUCUGCUGGUCUAUCGUCACAGGCGGAAGAACCCCCUUCCCUCUCUGAGUAGCAGUCUCAUCCUACAUGCAACUAUCUGAGCUCCAUCUCAACACACGAGGACAUGCAUGCAAGCAUACAGAAAACACAAUCUGAACACUCCAUCGGCCCAAAGUCUCCGUGCACAGCGGUUAGCUAGAGUGUUACUGAAGCGCUCCGUUUGGAGAGAGGCGGUGUUCAUCAAACGGCUUUAAAAUGUUUGUGAAACACUUCAUCAGAAUAUAUCUCCAACUUAAGUUUAAAUUAGAGCUGUCGACGUUAACGUGUGAACACAUGCGGUUAAUCCUGAGGUUACUUUUCAGCACAUAUUAAUCACGACUUUUCAGCUUCAAAUGCAAAGUUCCAUGGAGCCUCAGUUUACUUCAGAUAACCCUUCAAAACAUGAACCCUGAUGCAGAAAAAGUGAGACCAGAGCUUGUGUCUGAUCACUGAUGUCGAGUCUUUUCGCAGCAUAUUGAGAUGUAGUUGAUGCAUAACGAGGCAAUCUGAAUUCAAAAAGUGUCACUUGAGAGGAGAGUGAACAUCUAUGCCUGCAGGAAAAAAACAGGUGCCUUCUGUUGCGCUAGUUAAACCAUUCAAUGUUUUUAAUUCAUGCCAGUUAACGGCUGACUGAACGAACGCUUCUUCUGUGCUCCAGUUUGGGCGACAUCAGGCUGUGGAUUGUGCGAAUGUAGUCGUCUGAGUGGUCGUGUGUUUUCAUGUUUUCAUCCAUGACGUCGCGUGAGAGGCUCCGUGUUUGUAGCGACACGCACAAUGAGCUGGAUGGGCUCAGGGCGGCAGGGGUGGAUCUGAUCCGAUCAACCACCUCAGAACCCUACAUGAUGAUGAGUCUGUGUUGCAGCAGGCUGUCCGUAGCUUUCUUUUCAUUUGGAAGUAAAACUGUGAUUGAGAUGAAUCACAGCCUUUACUGCGAUUGAUUACUCUUACUUAUCAAUUGACAGCACUAGUUUAAAUUUAAAGCCAGCAUGGAUGUCACACGGGGCGGGUGGGUGGGAGGGGGGGGGGCUCUUCUUAAUUUUCUGUUUCGGGUUCCAAACUCGCCACUCACAGGGGAAAGCUUUAAUCUCAUCUCAAAUCGAAUGGGUACGUGUCCACAAAAUGUGAAGUCUUGUGUAAAACUAUUUUUGUCACUUAAUAUCAAAGCUCGAGGGACUUCUCUGAAAUCAUGCUCAUGUCCUUUCUCAUUUCAACCCUCUCCCAUCCUGCCUUUCGUUCCUGCAUCCUCACUCUGACUGCUGAUUAUAUCCGUGUUCGGUUUCCUCCGUCGUCCUGUUCGUAGCCAUGAUGUAAUAAGAAAUGGCUCAGAGGCGUCGAGAGCUUGGACGAGUUUUAACAGAACGGUCGCACCUCAAACGGUUUGCAGAGUCUUAACAUUUCAUAAACUCCUCCUCCCAUCGGUUUUCUCUCAAGACUCUCAGUGUUUGUGUCGGGAGACGGGGGCGAGCGUACAAGUGGAAGACUGAAUGUGUCUUGAGGUCGUCACACGACUUGAAGCCUGGUGCUAAGCAGAAGAUUUUAAGUGUGGUGAAAUGUGACGGUGUGGACGAUGAUGUAACGUCUUUCUCUGAUAUAUACGACUCCAGUAUCUGAAUCAAACUUGUUUGGCUGGUCCCAGCAAAGAAAAAAAAUUAUGUCCUCAUCGCCAAACUUUUGUAUUACAGUUAAAGAGAUGUUAUUUUUAAAGUCAUUUUUACAUUACUGCUUUAUCGAACAGUAGGACUGAAAUCAAAGACGAAACAGACGCCACAGUUUGCAUUUCAGCGUUUGAGGAUUUUGGGGGGGGGGCGUUAGAGUCACGCCUGUGCGGGGCCCGUAGCUUCGUCGUCACUUCGAGCUUUACUUCACUCGUCAGCUCUCAUCCUCCUGCUUGUCUGAUUUUACAAACUGAAGCAUCCUUUUUCCCUGACAUCACGCCAUCCAGCUCCGUAUUAACCAAUCAAAUCACCCAGAAGCAUCCUCCUGCUCUUCCUGCUGCUCUGUUACAUACUGGAAUGUUUCACACCCCACGCGAAGUCGAGCUGUGUGAUAGGACAACUUUUUUAUUUUCAUAUAUAACACGCACAUGCUCAGUGAGUUCCUGCACUCAGCGAAACACGGGGUUACGUAGUGAGGACUGAACGGAGAGACUGAAACCUCGUGAAUGCCUGACGGUUCCGAUGCACGCUUAUAUGUAGAGCUUGCACGCUGCCACUGCUAUCAUAGCAUUACUUUGUUUUUCCAAGUGUGCACUAACCUUCUUAGCUAUGUUUCUUUUUGUUUGUUUGUUUGUUUUUGACAUGUCUCUUCUCUUCCUUUUUUGUUUUUUCGGUUGCGUUUGCACUAACGUCAUUUCUACUAGCAACGCUCCAAAGCCGUUCUGUGGCUGUCAGCAACCAAAUACCCUCUGACGUGUUCGUGUACGAGGAAAACAGCCCAAUCUGUUUGUGUGUGAUGUAUAUAAAUGUUGCUCUGUAUGGCAUCUAUAUUAAACCAGAGGAGCGUUGUUAUAUAACUGAGUUCAGGGCUAGAUUUCUCCAAAGCUCCCCAGCAGUUUGAUCUUCUUCUUCGUCAGGCUGAGCAGCUUUGGGGAAAGAGAGACGUCUGAUCUUCGAGACCAGCCAGUGUUAUUGCUCCUCCGGGCUGUAUGACGCGUCCUCACGCUGGUGUGAUCACUCCGGUGCCCUCUACUGUUAGGAGUGGGAUCAGCACGGCGCAGACGGCUCAGGAGGAGCACUAGUUAACCCUCAACAGUAUUAUUACUACCGCUAUUACUAAAGGUCUUAUUACUAUGAAUGAACUUCUCGUUUUAAUUUGAGAGCGUCGGCUGCAGGGCUGAGAAUGAAUACAUAACUCAUGUAGGAUCAAACCUGGCCGCCGCUCUUCAACUGUUUGUGUUUUCUUUUCUUCUUUUUUUUUUAAAGAGAUGAAAUGUGGAGUUUGAUGUAUUUUGCACAUGUUCCUGUGAAAGAAGAACAUAAGGACUUUUCUGUAUUUCUUGAAUGACAUUUUACUAUCGGCUCCAUUCCUUCUUAGACUUUUGGUUUACAACAAAGCACUUGAAGUGGUUACAUAAAUUUAAACAGCUUCAACUUUGUUUUCAUUGUGGAGCACUGACCUGUCACAUGCUCAGUGAGGUGAUGACUGUCAUUGGAAACUGAAUGUGAAUGUGCACCACAGUAUUAAAGUGUCGGAGAAGCCUGUCAGCUGUUUAUUUCA